ACACGCCUUCAGCGAAACUGAACCUCAGGUCUGGUGCACCUCCUGGACCCAAGAGACUGGCCUCACAGCAGGGGGAGAGGUCUCUACCUCCAGCUGGGUUACUAGGAGUUAGUAAGAGGUCUACCUACAGCUGGGUUACUAGGAGUUAGUAAGAGGUCUCUACCUCCAGCUGGGUUACUAGGAGUUAGUAAGAGGUCUCUACCUACAGCUUGGUUACUAGGAGUUAGUAAGAGGUCUCUACCUACAGCUGGGUUACUAGGAGUUAGUAAGAGGUCUCUACUUAUAGCUGGGUUACUAGGAGUUAGUAAGAGGUCUCUACCUCCAGCUGGGUUACUAGGAGUUAGUAAGAGGUCUCUACCUACAGCUGGGUCACUAGGAGUUAGUAAGAGGUCUCUACCUACAGCUGGGUUACUAGGAGUUAGUAAGAGGUCUCUACCUACAGCUGGGUUACUAGGAGUUAGUAAGAGGUCUCUACCUACAGCUUGGUUACUAGGAGUUAGUAAGAGGUCUCUACCUACAGCUGGGUUACUAGGAGUUAGUAAGAGGUCUCUACCUACAGCUUGGUUACUAGGAGUUGGUAAGAGGUCUCUACCUACAGCUGGGUCACUAGGAGUUAAUAAGAGGUCUAUAAGUGUACUCUGACUAGAACCUUGAGGUUGGUGGUUUUGAACCAGUAUCCUCUGGUGUUUGGGGUUAGCGGCUUCUAGCCGGACUGGAAGAGGAGAGUUGGGAGGGGGGAGAAAGCGCCCCUGUUGCUUUGUUAUGCACAUGAGGUGUGGGCGUGGCAGGGCUGGGGGAUUUUGAUAAGAGGGGCAACAAGGGUCUCUGCCCCACACACACCUGGACAGAAACACACCUGGAGAGAAACACCUGGAUACACACACCUGGACACAUACGCUCUCCGUCAACAUGGCUGACACAGAAGUCCUCCUGGCCCCCCAGGUCGGGCCCCCCCAGGUCGGGGUCCAGCGCUCCCUCCGGGUCUACGGGGGUCUCUCCUGCAACGCCCUCAUGGCUGAGUCCGGGUCGGACCGGAGCCCGCUGCACGACGCGGCGUUCCAGGGGCGGCCGCUGAGCCUCAGGACCCUGCUGACCCAGGGCUUCCCCGCUGACCUGCGGUCUCUGGACGGCGUGACGGCGCUCCACGAGGCCUGCCUCGCCGGACACGCCCCCUGCACCCGGCUGCUGCUGGAGCACGGUGCCACGGUAACCGCACACACGCACGCACGGACGCACGCACGCACGCAUGCACAGGCGCACACACACUCACUCUGUGUCUCCGUCCAGGUGGAGGCGGAGUCUUCUGACGGAGCCACGCCCCUCCUCAACGCCUGCCGCCGGGGCAGCGCCGCCUGCGUCAGACUGCUAUUGGGCCGCGGCCCGGCCGUCCCAACCAAUCAGCUGCUGGCAGGGGCGGUCCACGAGGCGGCCGGGAGAGGCCACAGGGAGUGUCUGGAGCUGCUCCUGGCCUCCGGGGGCGCCGUGGAGGUGGCGCUGCCCGGCUGUGGGACCCCCCUGUACGCCGCCUGCCUGGGGGGGGCCACGGCCUGCGUGGAGAGUCUGCUGCUCGCAGGAGCGGAGGUGGGCGGGGCCGCGGGGGGCAGUAGCCCGCUGCACGCGGCGGUGGCCGCGGGGGCGGGGCCGGCUGUGGAGCUGCUGAUGGCCUACGGGGCCGACGGGAGCGCCAGGAACGCCGAGGGGAACACGGCGCUGGAGCUGGCCGCCGCCGCCAUGAGGACCACGCUGGGCAGGGCAGGUCCCGCCUCGCUGGCUCAGUUCUGCCGUCUGUCCGUCCGUCGCCGUCUGGGGCGGAGCCGUCUGUCCAGCGCAUCCAGGCUGCCCCUCCCCCCCAGCCUGAAGGACUUCCUCCUCCCCCAUUGACCCCGCCCCCCCAGCCUGAAGGACUUCCU